CCCCUCAUAUUACUCAUUUUGCCUAAAACCACUCAGUCAGCGCUUGUUUAUUUUCCCAGAUCUUGUUCUUCCCUUGUUCAAAGAUUUUGCUAUCUAUGAAGUUUCUGAUGAAGUGAUGAACUGAAGUAGUCUGAGACUGCAAAAGAGGACUUGUUCUUUUUCCUCAAAUCUCUUUUGGGUUCCCACUACAAUUGUUGCAAGUAUUAUAUGGUGCUCUGUAUUGGGUUUCUGCCCUUUUCAAUAUAGAGUUGAGUGGAAUCAGAAGUAUUGGUUUUUGGGUUGUGCCAGCAAAGAGGGUAGGUGUGUUUUGCUUUGCUGAUUUGGGGGAAUAGGGAGGUUUUGGUUGAUUUGCCAAAGUGUUUUGGAGUGGAGGCUGACUGGGUUGUUUAGUUUAUUGUGGCUAUGGGGGAUUGUAAACCUGGAAACCCUGAAGUGGAGGUUGGGGAGGACUUGAUUGUUGCAGCCAAAAGCAUAGCAAGGGCAUUGGGUUCCAAGAAGAAUCUUACACACGGCGAGAGGAAGAUUUUGGCUGAUCUUGGUACCAAGUUGUCAUCCCUGAUGACUAAUAGGAGCACACUGAAUGAGAUAAAGGUGGAGGACUUUGGUGAUAUUGAAGAUCGGCUUAAUUCGAUUCAGGAUAAGGUCAUGGGGUGGGAGGCAGAUCAGACCAUGAUAUGGGAUUCGAGCUCAAAUGAGGCGAAUGAGUACUUGAACACGGUGGAGGAGGCUCGGCAGGUGAUUGAGAGUUUAGAGAGUUUGUGUCUGAGUAAAGAUGAUGAAAAGUAUGAGCUGUUGAACAGGGCUAAUGAUGUUCUUCAAACGGCGAUGACUAGGCUGGAGGAUGAGUUCAGGUACAUGCUUGUUCAGAACAGGCAGCCUUGUGCACCGGAGCACAUGUCUUUUCGUUCAUGUGAAGAGGAUGCUGUGGAUGUGAACUCAUUGAUGUCUUUUGGGGAUGACUCAGUUGAGGACUCAAUUCAAAGGGACAGUGUUAGCCGGACCUCUGAGGAUUCCAUCAUUGAUUUGGUUCGCCCUGAAGUGAUUCCUGACUUGAGGUGCAUUGCAAAUAUGAUGUUCAAUUGCAAUUAUGAGAGGGAAUGUACACAAGCUUAUACCACCCUCCGAAGGGAUGCCUUGGAUGAGUCUCUCUCGUAUCUUGAAAUUCAGAAACUGAGCAUUGAAGAUGUGAGGAAGAUGGAGUGGGUUUCUUUGAAUUCUAAAAUCAGAAGAUGGGUUUGGGUAAUGAAGAUUUUCGUGCGGAUUUAUCUUGCUAGUGAAAAAUGGCUCAGUGAACAGAUUUUUGAGGAGCUUGGACCUGUUCGGCUAGAUUGUUUUGUUGAGGCAUCAAAGGCUUCAAUACUGCAGCUUCUCAAUUUUGCUGAAGCCAUGUCUAUCGGCCCUCAUCAGCCAGAAAAGUUGGUUCGCAUUCUUGACAUGUAUGAGGUGCUAGCGGAUGUCCUUCCUGAUAUAGAUGAUCUAUACUUUGGUGAGGCUGGCUCUUCUAUUAGUAUGGAGUGUCAUGAUGUCCUGCUGAGACUGGGUGAAUCUGUGAAGGCAACAGUUAUUGAAUUUGAGAAUGCCAUUGCCUCAAACCCUUCCACUAACCCUGUUUCAGGUGGGGGUAUACACCCACUGACUAGAUAUGUGAUGAAUUACAUGAGGACUCUUACAGACUAUGGUCAGAUCCUUGAUCUGCUUCUUAAGGAUUGUGAUGAAGGUGAUCCCGUUUCGUUGUCUCCUGACACUAGUCCAACUAAAGAAGAGGAGAACAAAAGCACUCAUGAUUCUUCAGGCAGAAAAUCCCCAAUGGCGCGCCAGUUCUUAUCAUUUGCUUCAAGUCUGGAAUCCAACCUUGAUGAGAAGUCAAAGUUAUAUAGGGAUGCUUCUUUGCAACAUGUGUUUUUGAUGAACAAUAUACAUUACAUGGCUCAGAAGGUUAAAGGGGCAGAAUUGAGGCUUAUAUUUGAAGAUGAUUGGAUUCGAAAGCGCAACAGGAAAUUUCAACAGCAUGCAAUGAGCUACCAGAGAGCUAGUUGGAGUUACAUCCUUUCUUUACUAAAAGAGGAGGGCAUUCAAAAUCCGGGGUCAAAUUCUAUCUCAAAAAGCCUUCUCAAGGAAAGGCUCCGUAGCUUUUAUCUUGCUUUUGAGGAGAUAUACAAGGUGCAGUCGGCAUGGCUCAUUCCAGAUCCUCAGCUUCGAGAAGACUUGCAAAUCUCAACAUCCCUCAAUGUGAUCCAAGCUUACAGGACAUUCGUGGGACGACACUCCAAUGACAUAAGUGACAAGCUCAUCAAGUAUAGUGCUGAUGACAUGGAGAAUUACCUCAUGGAUCUCUUUGAAGGUUCCCCAAAAUUAUUACAAAGUUCCAGCCGGAGGUGACAGCACCAUGAAAAAGAACUGGUAUGUUACUUACAGCAGAGGAAUGAUUUUAUUCUAAGUUCCACUCUACUCAUGUAUGAUUAAUUAACAGUUUACUGGGUUCAAAUCCUCAUUAGUUUCUUCUGUGCAAUGUAAUAUGAUGAACUUUGUUCACUUUGUGAUCUCUGUACUCAAUGUGAUACUACCUAAUGGAUGCUGCAAUGUUUUAUAUUAAACUUCUUCAUGUU